AAUUCAAGUUCACAACUCUGCUUAGAAGCACUCCUCACUCCGUGGACGCCGAAUGAGCAUGAGACGGGCGUUUUCAUAAAGCACUCUGCUUCACUCGCCUGUAGCGGAUUCACUCAACACUGUUCCGUCCUGACAUGGAGUCGCGCUGGAGGAGCCCAAGUUUGCUGCGGCCGCCGCCGCCGCCGCCGCUGCUGCUGCUGCUGCUGUGGCUCGCCGCCUCCGUGGACGCGACGUGGAGGACGGGACUUUACCACGGCGUCUCAGGCGGACCGCAGGCAGCCCGCCCCUCCGUUUACCACAAGAGGAACUGGUGCUCACACACAGUCACCAAGACUGUAACUUGUCAGGUGCAGAAUGGCACCGUGCUGCAGCGGGUCUACCAGUCCUGUCGCUGGCCACAGGGAUGCACGGGAGGCAGCUACAAGACUGUGGUCAGGCCAUCUUACAAAAUAGUGUACCGCACGGUGACCUCUCUAGAAUGGAAGUGCUGUCCAGGAUUCAUCGGCGGCGCCUGUGAAGAAGAAGCAGCAAACCAGCUGGUUGCUCAGGAGGCCGUGAGGAAACCGUCCACGCUGCGUCGCCAGCCGGCACCAACUGGAGAGGCCAUUUCCAACUGCCUCAACUGCAGUCGGAUCACAGCCCUGAGCGACAGACUCAACUCGCUGGAGGAGAAGGUCCAGUUACUGAGUACCCCGGCCGCUAUUUCUCAUCGCCACCUACAGGUCAAAGGGGGGACUGCACCAGAAGUGUCCAAUCUGACAGGCCUCACACCUGCUCGAGGAGCUCUGGGUGAGCAGGGACCAGUGGGUCCGAGGGGUGAAAAAGGAAGUGACGGCCUUCCUGGCAGAGAUGGUAAACCUGGGUCUCGAGGGCUGCCAGGUCCCAGCGGGCCCCCAGGUGAAGCCGGGGCCCCGGGAACCAAAGGUAUUCCGGGACCGGCAGGCCCUCGUGGUCCUCCAGGAAUUCCAGGGCAGAAAGGCCCACCCGGACCACCCGGACCACCCGGACCUGCAAGUGCUCGCAUCCCUGAACCAGAGCAUCGAGGCAAGGACUCCUUCUACUCCAACAGGUUCCAUGACUCACGAGCGUCGCCUAUUCCUGGGCCCCAAGGUCCCCCAGGGCCUGUUGGUCCCAUGGGACCAUCGGGGCCGCCUGGACCACCAGGACACAGUGGGAGACCUGGAGACCCCGGAGCACUCGGACCUGUUGGACCAAAAGGGGAGCGAGGGGAGAGAGGUCCGUUGGGUUACCCAGGAGAGAGGGGCAUCAGAGGAGAGCCGGGAGCACCGGGACCCAAGGGAGAGCCAGGAGAGAAGGGCUUACCGAGCAAUCUGAAUGGGGACGGAAUACAUCAGAUCAGAGAGGCGCUGAAGAUUUUAGCCGAGAGGGUUUUAAUCCUCGAGACUAUGAUCGGUAUUCAUGAGCCUGAUCUAGGGUCUGGGGACGGAGCCUUUGGAACAUCUUCCCCUAGUUUCUACAGAGAUAAGCGAGCAGGCGCCCUGCCCUUUCGGCUCCCUUCACUUCGCUCCUCCAACACCAAGGUUCGCUCACCCUGAGGACCACAGGCUGGGUCGACUCUCCCUCCCGCAGGUCUCAUCAGCGCUCCACAGAUCAAGACCUGAUCUGAGAGCAGUCUCGGAGCUGGGAGGCGGCACCUCAGGGAAACUCCACUGAUUCGUCCUCCUACACUGGGAGCAGGAGAGCUAGUUUGACUCCCGACCAUUGAGCAUGACCUCUUCUUUCAGCCCCCUGUGUCUGGCACAGAGCCUCAGUUCACCUGCUGAUGUUUGAGAAAAGGAAAAAGGAGGGUCAUCAAUCGAUAACUGGAGGAAUCAGACGUGAGCAAAGAGACUGGAUUUGAAGUUUUGUUUUUGUUUUCCUGAUGUAACUGCAGUCGGAUGAGAAUCCAUUAUUUAAAUCUGUUGAGCAUGUACAAUAUGCGGGACACGCGUACAACUUCUUCUCCUAAUAUUCACAUUUCUUUCGUCUCGUUGAACUAUGUCGUGCACUAAAACAUGAAGUCAUCACUGCUACGCGUUGACACCUGUGAUUUGUGGCGUGUUUCUCCAGUGUAGCAGAAAAAGCAGCCCAACAGUGGUUGCUUUGGAUUUGGGUAGAUAAAUUGACUUUUGAUGACACUAAAGUUAAAGCCACUUUUUAAAAGAUAGGAAAAAAAUGUCAUUCAUCUUAUUUUGUAGAACUAUUUAAAGUGUAGUUUUGUACGCUGUUGUGUAACCAUUUUAUAUUUGGAUAGCUGUUUCUUGCAGUUGUGUUACUGUUUUAAGGUUGCCAUGUAAGUAUGCAAUGUAAUAAAAUGUUCACUGUUUU